AUGUUGCCGAUUUCGUUUAGCUUUGUUUAUUAAUUUGUAAAAUUACUCUUACGCUAUGAAGGUUUGUUUUCAGAUACGAAAUAAUGACUAACUGUUGGAAAGUUGAUCCAAAACAUCGUCCCACAUUCUCAGAAAUAUGGCAGGAUCUUAAUGACAUGCUGAGUGAUGAUGAGGUAUUAGUAAUAAUCACAUUUUAAGUUCCUGCCUGUUCUCCACACACGUUGAUAUAUUAGUAAAAGCAAAUUAUCCGGUAAUGUGUGCCGGCAGGUUGCCCUCCCCCUACAAAACUACAUGCUAAUUUUGCAAUUGGUGACAAAAUAGCUUUCCAAUCUAUGUGUCUCACCUUUCAAUGUCACUGAUAGUCUGGGCAUUUUACUGCGCGGCCAUCGUUUGUGAUAUACCCAUAAAACGAAAGAAACAGAACAUCUCUACUUUGAACCUCCUGCACAGCUUUAAUAUAUACUGGUUUAUCUAAAUUUUGUUGUGUUGAAAUAUACAUUAUAAAAAUAUUUAAUAACCCACUUUUCUGGUCAUGGCUUUUAUACUCAACCAAAUGCAUAUAGUUGGUAACACACAUGGGCUGACACUGAUAGCUUUUAAAGCAGGCAACUACUGUCUUGGAAAUUAAUUCGUAGACUAUUGACAUUUUUAAAUUUCCCUAAAUCCCAAAACAUGUCAUCCUGUCAGUAAUCACGGUUUAAAUUAAACCAAUAUUCUGCUGGGGAGAGGAUGGGUACAAUUUGAAUCGAUUGUGGAUUUUGUAUUAAAAAAAUCAUUAAUAAUUCAAAACUCGUGAAUAAUCAGGAGGAAUAGACAAAGGAAAUCACUACCGUGUCGAUGGUUCAUUUGUGAUAGAAUGUCAUGUUAAUUUACAUAUAAGCUUCAGCUUUGUUUUUCUUGGCUUAGACAACGUUUGUUCUUCUAAGAUUAUAUAUAGAACUUCGCCAAUGAACUUAUAAAAUGAGUCGUCUUUUUGAAGCCAUUUUUUAAAACACACUCGUGGUCCGCGCCAUUUACCAGAUAAUAAUAUAACACUGACCUGUCGCCUCGUGUAUUAUCUGUGAGAGCACUCCUGCUCGUGUUUCAAAUAGUACUUCAACCACUCAUUAAUAAUUCAUAUAAGCUUAUUGACAAAUCAUGUCAAACAUAAUAUGUCACGUGCAGUGGCUUUACACCUGAUAAAACACUCCUAAUUAGUAUUCUUUAUAUAAAGAAUACUAAUAAAGCCGUAUCUAUUGUAGUCGUGUCCUCUUUAGUAUAUUCUUUCUGUAAAGAAUAUUAAGAAGGCGGUAUAUCCAUUGAAUUUGUAGUCGUAUUUGAAGCCGUUUCAUAAACUCUCAGGUCGUGUUUUAUUAGGUCUAAAGUCACUCGCGCUGCGCGCAAGAUUGCAUUUUGUGUUUUAAUUCUCUGCUUUUAACAUUUUCUCUUGAAACUGGACCAAAAUUAAUAGUUAUGAAAUGUUAUAUAUUCACCAGGGUAUAGUUUUGACAUUUAUCAAUGUUUAUAGACACCAUAUAUUAAAGUGUACCAAGUGAAAGAGGAAGGAUUACAGACAACGACUGAACCUAGUGAGGUCAAGAUGAAAGAACGACACGUGACUGCUUGAAAAGACAUCAAUGGUCUUCGAGUAAACUGUGCGGUCGACACAAUGUUAAAAUCCUAAACAGCAUGUUUUCGUUACAUUAAUAAUUACCUUGAUAAUAAUUAUUAUUAAUAAUUAUUAAUAAUUAUUAGUAAUUACCUUGUAGAGUAAACGUCACAGUAAUUAACAUGAAAAUCGCAAUUAGUGUCAUGUAAUUAACGUACUGUACGCAAAUUAAUGUAAUUAUAUAUAAAGGAAAUAUUACCAUACAAAGCGAACUCUUCUCCGAGGCAACGGCGCUGAGCGCUGUUCCGGGCGUAAGCCCGGGGUGAGUAGUAGUAGUAGUAGUAAAACGUUAUUUAACCACGCUUCCCUCAUCACCCAUGGAUGAUUUUCUUGAGGGGCGUCACACAAAUUACAUUCUAAAAACUAAUACAAAUUAAAUAUGAAAUAGAAUAACAUAGAAUAACAAAUACGUAGAUAAAAAAGUUAAAAAACCAAG